UGAAUUAUGAUUUUCGUUGAUUUGAUUAGAAUUUAUUUUCCCUUUUAAUCAAUCCAGUUAAUUGAUUCGUUUUUGGUGAUAAUUAGUCUGUUUUCUUUUUAACCAUUGACCUUGAAAGGUCAGUUUAUGAUCGUUGGUUGUUUGUAAAUUCAAAGAGCAACCUUAUCGUUUGCCUGAGAAAAGGUAUUAUGAUUACUGUAAACAUUUGUGUUGAUAAUGAAUUAUCAUCAUCAACAACAUCUUGCUCAUCUUUAUCAUCUGCGCCUGUUUCCUUCUUUACCAGCAAGUUGAUUUGUCUCUAUUGUUUUGAUGGUUUGUUGACUGUCAUAUCAAGUUUAAAUUGUUGAUAAUUAGUUAUAUUUGUUUCUCUUUUACUCUAUCUAUCUCUCUAUCUCUCUCACUCUCUGUGCUCUAAACUUGAUUAUGAAAAGUGAUCGAUUUUGAUUUUCAAUAAGUAUCACUUGGUUUUGUUAAAUUUUCAAUUUAUCACUGGUAGUAUUUCACUUGACUAUUUCACAUUGAGAAUUUACUGAUCAACAGCAUUACUGUCAUUUUGUUAUGGAUCAAUUAGCAAAUGAUUUAAGUUUCGCCAUAAUUGAUGUAGAAGAUGUGAAAAAUGAUCUGACCCCAAGGCUCUUGCCACCGGAUGGACGGAACAUCAAACCUUUGGGUAAGGAUAAACUGACAACUAAUUUUGUUUCAUUUACUGAUUUUGUAAACAAUUUCUAUUCAGGUUCUAAAGCGAAACUAUCCAAGCCCAUUCUGCGAUCAGCGUCCAUCUUGUUGAGGUCCAAGAAGUUGAUUCUAAGUGAUUCUGAAUCAGAAGAUGGCGGAGAUAAAUCGGGAGACCCGUUGUGUCUCAUUCCCCCUCAAAGUAAAGAGAUGAAAGAGAUUCCUGGACCUUUUGGUGAAUAUUCCGCUUCCCUUUCCCGAAAACAUCGCAUGAAAAAACACAAGAGGAAAAAAGAAUCCAAAGAUGAGAGACUUUUCGGUCAAUUGUGUGUCGGACAAUCAAAUUUCAAUCAAUAUUUUGGUAAACGUAAGAGAAGCACAACUGUGAACAACCAGCAAUCAACUUCUGGGGGUAUUGAUGAAACUCAUGGGAUGAACGAUGAUCAUGGCAACAAUGGAGGGAAUAGCAAUUCUUAUCAACUUAAUUCGAUGGACUGUGAGUCGCAAAGUGAUUGUGAUUCAUCAUCAUUGUCUGAAUCUGUUUGUGACUCAGAUCAUUUCGCCGAAGCUGAUGAUGAACAAUCAGAUUUCCACGAAGUCAUGUCCAGAUCAAAGAAAGACAUUUGUCAACCGAGUUCAAGUAAUAACUGUGGACCAAUCGGCAACUCGACAUCCAAACCAAUCUUCCGAACCAAAUACAGUCCAUCCAUACCGAUACCUCAGAAUCCAUUUGCUUCGGUUCCAUCCACACCUUCAUCGUCUUACAAUUCACUAACUGGUGGAUCAUCGGUGCUCUGGAAAAGACGUCGUCGUAACCAUUAAAAUCUAAAACACAAUUUAGACGUUAACCAAUGGAAACUAUUGUAUAGCUCUUAUUGUGAGGUAGAUCAACAAUACUGGUUCAUUGCUCUAUUCAAUGGUAAUAUCAACACUUUAAAGCAAAUAUUUGACAAUUCAAAUGAUGAUCUUGAUGAUUUGACAUUUUUUUAUUAUUAUUUAUACUUGAAAAUGUUUGGGCUCAUCUAAUGUCAAAUGCCUUGAAAUGAUUAAUCUUAAUCAAUUAUAAUUGGUGCUAUUUAAGAUUGACUCUAAAUAGCCACUGAUUUUUAUAUACAAUACAAAUUUACUAGAAAAAUAUAUAAUAUACAAAUCGUAACCUAAAUGUGAAACAAUUAACCAGUGACAAAGUGAUUUAGGUGCAACAACUAUUUCUUGAUUAACUUAUUAAAUUAAUGAGAGCAAAUUUUACCAAGA